GGCGGAAUCACUGUCGCCUCAGCCUGCUGCCGAGCUGACCGACGUGCUCGGUGGCCUCGGGAAGGGGCGUCACUAGGGGAGAAGGAGGAGGUAGAAGGAAAGAGACGCCCUCUCUGCCCGAGACCUCUGGAGGCUCUGACCUCAGGGGCUGAGGAACUGACAGGAGAAGGAAGCCAGGUUCCUCCCACCUGGGCUUACUGAAGAGGCCACGACCCUGGAGGACCCUGAGCCCCGCACCAGGGUCCCCAGCAGCAUCCAGGGGACCUAAAGGACAGUCCAGGGACCAGUGUGAGGUUUCCAGUUGCCUAGACAACGAGCCCGCGUCCGAGCAACAACCCUUCCAGCACCUGCCUCAACUGCUGCCUGAGGCACCAGUCCCGGCCCAAGCCUGCCAGCCAGUCCAGGUGACAUGCCGGUGCUCUCCACACCACGGCCCUCACGGGUGACCACGCUGAAGCGCACAGCCGUGGUCCUGGCCCUCACAGCCUAUGGAGUCCACAAAAUCUACCCUCUACUGCGGCAGUGCCUGACUCCGGCCAGGGUCCCUCCGAUGCCAGCUGGGGAGCCCACACAGGAGGCCUGCGGGGUCACAGCAGCCAAGGCCGGCGUGAACCGGGUGUUCCUGCAGCGGCUCCUCGUGCUCCUUCGGCUGCUGUUCCCCCGAGUCCUGUGCCGGGAGACAGGGCUGCUGGCACUGCACUCGGCCACCCUGGUGAGCCGGACUUUCCUGUCCGUGUACGUGGCCCGCCUGGACGGCCGGCUGGCCCGCUGCAUCGUGCGCAAGGACCCGCGGGCCUUCAGCUGGCAGCUGCUGCAGUGGCUCCUCAUCGCCCUUCCCGCCACCUUUGUCAACAGCGCCAUCCGCUACCUGGAGGGCCAGCUGGCCUUGGCUUUCCGCAGCCGCCUGGUGGCCCAUGCCUACAGCCUCUACUUUGCCCAACAGACCUACUACCGUGUGAGCAACAUGGAUGGGCGGCUGCGCAACCCAGACCAGUCCCUGACGGAAGAUGUGGUGGCCUUCGCUGCGUCUGUGGCCCACCUCUACUCCAACCUGACCAAGCCACUCCUGGACGUGGCGGUGACCUCAUACACCCUGAUUGGAGCGGCCCGCUCCCGUGGGGCUGGCACAGCCUGGCCCUCGGCCAUCGCUGGCCUCGUGGUGUUCCUCACAGCCAACGUGCUGCGAGCCUUCUCGCCCAAGUUUGGGGAGCUGGUGGCAGAGGAGGCGCGACGGAAGGGAGAGCUGCGCUACAUGCACUCUCGCGUGGUGGCCAACUCGGAGGAAAUUGCCUUCUAUGGGGGCCAUGAGGUGGAGCUGGCACUGCUAAAACACUCCUACCAAGACCUGGCUUCGCAGAUCAACCUCAUCCUGCUGGAACGCCUGUGGUAUGUCAUGCUGGAGCAGUUCCUCAUGAAGUAUGUGUGGAGUGCCUCAGGCCUACUCAUGGUGGCAGUCCCCAUCAUCACUGCUACUGGCUAUCCAGAGUCAGACUCAGAAGCCAUAAGGAAGGCAGCCCUGGAGGAGGAUGAGCUGGUGAGUGAGCGUACAGAGGCCUUCACCAUUGCCCGCAACCUCCUCACAGCUGCUGCGGAUGCCACUGAGCGGAUCAUGUCAUCCUAUAAGGAGGUGACAGAGCUGGCUGGCUACACAGCCCGGGUUCAUGAGAUGUUCCAGGUAUUUGAAGAUGUCCAGCACUGUCGUUUCAAGAGGCCCGGGGAGCCAGAGGAUUCUCAGGCUGGGUCUGGGACCAUGGUACGGUCUGGUGUCCACGUGGAGGGACCCCUGAGGAUACAAGGCCAGGUGGUGGAUGUGGAGCAGGGGAUUAUCUGUGAGAACAUCCCCAUCAUCACGCCCACAGGAGAAGUGGUGGUGGCCAGCCUGAACAUCAGGGUGGAAGAAGGCAUGCACCUGCUCAUCACGGGCCCCAAUGGCUGUGGCAAGAGCUCUCUAUUCCGGAUCCUUGGUGGACUCUGGCCCACGUAUGGUGGCGUGCUUUACAAACCACCACCACAACGAAUGUUCUACAUCCCUCAGAGGCCCUACAUGUCCGUGGGCUCCUUGCGUGACCAGGUGAUCUACCCAGACUCGGUGGAGGACAUGCGGAGGAAGGGCUACUCAGAGCAGCAGCUGGAAGCCAUCCUCAACAUCGUACACCUCCACCACAUCCUGCAGCGGGAAGGAGGUUGGGAAGCCAUAUGUGACUGGAAGGACGUCUUAUCCGGGGGCGAGAAGCAGAGAAUUGGCAUGGCCCGAAUGUUCUACCAUAGGCCCAAGUAUGCCCUCUUGGAUGAGUGUACCAGUGCCGUGAGCAUAGAUGUGGAAGGCAAGAUCUUCCAGGCAGCCAAGGACGCCGGCAUUGCACUGCUGUCCAUCACCCACCGGCCAUCCCUGUGGAAGUACCACACACACUUGCUGCAGUUUGAUGGGGAAGGUGGCUGGAAGUUUGAGAAGCUGGAUUCGGCUACCCGCCUGAGCUUGACUGAGGAGAAACAGCGGCUAGAACAGCAGCUAGCCGGCAUUCCCAAGAUGCAGCGGCGUCUCCAAGAGCUCCGCCAGAUCCUAGGAGAGGCUAUGGCCCCAGAACAGGCCCCAGCUGCCAGCCUCCCGGGCUCAGACAUCCCCGCCUGACGGAGGCCCAGCCUUUACCCCCACCCUCCCUAGGCUCUCAGAUCACAUGAAGGAAGCAGCAGCACCUACCCUGCUCUUGCCACCCCUGCAUGCCUUUCCCUUCUCCCAGGUGUCCUAGCUGUGAGCCUGCCCUUCCUAGAAGACCCCAGGGAAUCCAUGUCCCUUCCCUUGCUUCCCGCCUUACCCUGGGGUCCACUCCUCAAUACCUGUGCCCUGGUCCAGGCAGCAAGUCCUUUACUUUUCUUUGGGGAGGGAGUGUGGGGCUGUGGGCCCCCAGUCCUGACCCCACACCAAAUGUUGAGCCAUAGGAAGUGAGCAGGGACCCCUCCUUUUCUGGUCCUGCUUACUGUAGCAUGCCUGGCAAUUGUGGAUCACUUCUUUCCUAAAACUCAAGUCCCCAUUAUUUCUUCUAUGGUCCAUCUCUCUGCAGCCACCCCCUAGGAUGGCCAACCAAGGCUCCUGGUGCACAGGAUGAUCUUCCUGCUAUAGAAGCAGCCAAAUGGGGCCUUGACUCAGACAGGGCCCAGGGCAUGCAUCCUCUCUUACUCUGGUAAUCCUGAAGAGUCCUAGAAAGAAAGAUUGUGCAGCAUUUCCCCCUGAGCCCUGAGAAGAAAUGUAGCCCCUCACCCUGUCUCCCACUACAGCAUAAUUUAUUGGAUUCCAUUGUAGUCUCGAUUGCCAACAUGAGCACCCUGCCAGCACAGGAGGUGGCCGGGCGUGUCCCUUCAGCCUGCUCAGGCUCUGGAGCCAAACCCAAUACCCCCCUGUGCCAGCCUACACUGCCAGCCGCCACUGGGGGGUGCCCUCUGCCUGCCAGGCUGGAGUAAGGACACCAUGUUCCCAACUCAGUGCCAAAGAGGGGUCACAGGGGGCUCUGUCUCUGCCAAGCCAGCCCUCACCCAGAGGAAGACCCCACCGCCACUGUGCCUUUCCUGGGCCCUUAGCCCUCUGGCUGGGGCGCCCCCCCCCCCCCCUCAGUCUCCUUAGUAAAAACCUCCUGUGGAAAAUGUACUCGUGCCUUUCUGCCUUGGUGUUAGGAGAGAGAUGAGGGAAGAGGGCAGGAAGUUGGCUGUGGGGGACAAAGGUGAUUGAGGAAAAGGAGUAGACCUAACCACCUAAGCCCUUCAGGAUCAGAAAUUGCCCCCGCUGCUAAGCCCAUCCUACCUGAAGACUCA